CGGAACUUCGGAAUCUCAAGUCACACCAUCAUAAGCCCACCUCACCUUGAAAGUUCACCUGGGCACCUUGUCUUCGAACAAGCCGCCGCAUUGUAACCUACCCAGGUACCUGCGGACUCUCUCGCGUGUCUGAUCGCGUAGCUUAUUGGCUUUGGGCAAUAUUUAAGUGGCUUGUCCCACUCUGCGUGAUCGCAGUCAAGUCGAUGGUAAUCCUAAUCCAUGGAUUGGUGCUGCUUCGCCCGCGAACGACACAGGCCAACCACGGAUCAUAGCAACAAACUGGUAACUGUAGUAUCGAGCAUUUCCAAUGGUGUCCUCUUCUUCAUCCGCCGCCUUCAACACCAGCGACACUGCACACAAGAAACAACGCCGCCCGAACCACGACCCUAUCCCCUAGGUCCACGCAUGGCCGCAUCAACCAUGCAAAGUACACAAGAGUCUUUGCUUAUGGCCUUACCAACCGAAAUGCGCUGUUACAUCUACGACUACUUCCCCGAGCGUGUUUUCAAACAUGUAUUCCCCACGCCAGGUAUCUGCACCUGGGCAGUACUUCGAAUGCCGACCGCCCUACUUCAAGUGAACAAGACGAUCUUCGGCGAGGCUCAAGAACACUUGAGCACAAAGAAUGUGCAGAAGUCCCCUAAAGUUACAAUCGGCCCAGUAUCUACCGCAAGGAAAGCUGCGUUUACUUUAAUGUCAGACGUCUUCCACAAGGCUAGUAAACGACGCUGUACAUUGUUAGGCCAAUCCCAGAAGCCGGGAAACGACAACGGGACCAAGCUCAUCAGCCUCGUCCUCGCAUCUUGGUACAACGAAACCAUGCUGCCGCUACCGCUUCAGAACCCUAGCCUGGGCGAUGAUAGUAAGGUCCACAAUCAAAGAGAGUGCACAGCCGGGGAAUUGCAUCUUUCCGUAGGGCACACUUUGAAAAGAAUGGAACGGAAAAGGACUUGUGAAAUCAGCAUACGAAUGUUGUUUCCUGACGACGAUGACGACGACUUCGUGGAUUACUUGAUGUAUGAGAUGAUGCUUGUAAAGGACAUCACACGACUAGCGCUAAGCGCCCAACCGGGUCUUGCACUGAAGAUUAUACCUCUGGGUCGCCGUCGCAGGCAUGAACUCAAGCAAGAAAUGAAGAUGUUCCAAAGCAUGGAUUUGGAAAUUCGAGAAAUGGCUUCGAGCAUCAAAAUUGGAAAGCCAACGGCACAGGAUCUGUCACUCUUCAAUAUACCCAAUCUGCAGACAGUCGAAGCCACUGGCGCGUAACUGAUUUGCUUGCUUGGAGCCAGUCAAACCGAACUUAGUUGGUAACAAGAGAACGAAGAUACGUCUCGAAGAUAUACUCUGUGUUACUCAAGCUUUGCAAACUACUUGUUUGUCAGGAGCUGAUGGUGUGCAUUCA